ACUGCGCCAGUGUACCAACUACCAAUGCGUACGCGCGUGAUUCCAGGCUCAUUCUCCGUUUUAUCAUUACACUCCUAGCGAUCGAUACGCCAUAUACGCCAGUCGCCAGUUCCAACUAGUUGACAUCCACUUCCGAAAUAAAAGCCACGCAUCGUCGUCGGUAAAUAUUUUCAUUGGAUAUUCACAGAUAUGUGUAUCGGUUUCUGAAGAGUCGACGUUCCAAAGAGCAAGUAAAGCGUAGAGUGUGGUGGAGUCAGCCACAUGCUAAAAUUUCGGCUGGUAUCAACACACUUCCUAAAGCAGCCAUAGAUUUGCGAUGUGUCGUGAUAGAGAUAUGAACCCUUUGUUUUCAACAUCAUAGUCAUCUCUAGCAAAAUCGUCGAUAUUUUUGUCCUAACCAUACAUAUUUUCGCCCUGUGUAUAUUUUAAAGUAGUUAGCUGUUUUAAAUUUUGUAAUCGUUAAGACAAACGUGCCCUGUGCCGCUAGAAUAUCCCAAAGUUGGAAGAAUGAAAGGGCCAACCAGGAAGGAGGAGAAUGUCUCAAAAUUGGCACCCCGUAUAGAUUACGAAAUGAAAAUAGGAAAGAUGAAACGCAUUGCAUCAGCUUCGUUCACAAGCAAAACCCAAACAAUUCCCACAACUUAUGAUGAGGCCAAAGCUUCAUGCAAGGCUCGGAAGAGAAAAGAACGCCAAGAAAGCAUCAGUUCUCUGUGUCAAGAUAGAAAAGUCAUUAGAUCAAAUUCCGAGGAGCGACCUGCCCAGAAAAAGCAUAUCGAAAACAAAAACAACAUAAGAAGAGUGUCAAGUAGUGAAGAUCUUCAAAAAUCUACAUCCAUAGAAAAAAUUAACGUAUCGCCAAAAAGAUCUGUUCCAAGUGAGAAAAUAUUGGCCUAUGAAGAUCAUGAGUAUGAGAGGAGGAGAUGUCACGAACGAUUUGCUAGACCAUUAAUGUUGAAAAAGAAGCAUCCUAACAAGAGAUUGAAAAUUAGAUGUAUAUCCCGCACUAAAUUCAAGCCAGAACUGCCUAAUGACAACAAAGAAUAUAAGAAAAUAAGUACACCGCAAGGCACUUAUUCAAGUGAGUGUGAAACUACAAACAAAGAAGAAUCGAGUGGAGUACGCUUUCUCCAAUUGCACGAAGAAGAAAGGGAGCGUUCGCCAAGUCCAACAACCCUUGUAUCCCCUGUGCUGGAUUUGACAACUCUACACGAACAAGUCGAUUGUUCUGAGCCUCUACUUUCUCACACUACCAGACAGAUCAAUGAAAAUACAGAAACAUUGCCUAGUAUUUCCAUAGCUUCGAACCGCCUACUAUCUUCUCCCAGAAAUUCGAUUAUAGCAACGCAUAGGAUUUACCUAGAUCCAGAUGUACCCCAAAUGACGUCAUCUCUCGAUAAAACUCCUCAAAAUCCCGUAGACGAGAGACUACAAAGAUUGUCAAAGCAAAUUAAUAGUCUAAAGAAGAAAAUCAAGAAAUAUGAAAUUGAAUUCGAGUCUAACUAUGGAUUCAAACCGUCACACGUAGAGAAAAUGAAUGAUAAAGCCAUGAAAAAAUUUUACACCGAUCUCGGUAAACUAAGAAAAGAACAGAAACAGAUGAAUGAAGUGUCCAAGAAUUGUUUAUUAAUUAGUGGAAACGAAACUGAGCCCGAGAAAACAGAUGUGAUUAAUUUGAAAGAUACCAUCCACGAAAUCGAUAAGAGGCUAGCUAUGAAGAGAGACUCGGCUAAUAGAAGUUACAAUAUAGAAGAAAUGACAUCGGAGCAAUUGCUAGAAGAAAAAGUUGCCAUUCAGAAAGCGCUACUCUAUUUAGAAUCUAUACAUGGCCGACCGAACAGUAAGGAAGAUCGGGAUAUAGUUAGACCAUUCUAUGAUAGGUACAGGGUGUUGAAAAGGAUGGUUACCAAAAUAUCCAUGUCAAGUACAUCUGGUAAUGAGUUAGCCACGAUUCACGAGAAUGAAGCUAUGAAUUUUGUAACCCCCACUUCAUCGUCGCAAUCGAAUGACACAGAAUCCGAGAAGACCACAGUAUUGCCUUCUAUCAGUACUGACAGCAGCGACACAGACACCUCCAUAGGGGAAAACCUCCAUUCGCUGUCCAGGACAGAACUUUUCCAACAACUUAAAACUGUUACAGAAGAGAAGAAAGAACUGAGGAGAAAAAUAAAGGAGUUUGAGAUGGAGACGCAGUUGAAGACUGGUAGGAUGAUACAGAAAGAAGAUAAGGCUCCUAUGGAUGGUGUUUAUGCAGCCUACAAAAAAACGAAAGCAAAAGUGCGAUUAUUGGAAGCAUUAGUUGGAAAACAGAAUUAGAAUGUCCUGUUACUUUUUUUUAAAUAUAUUGAGAAAGGAAUAUUGUGUGGUUUAUAGGUAGAGAAUAACUAAGAUAUAUGUAGUAAAGAAGGAGAGAUUCACCUACAAUCUUGCGGAGACAAGUGUCACAGCAAGGAGUUGGGAACGUAGUGCCCUGUCGAGUCUUCAGAAUUAACUCCCAAAAAUGAUAGUUAUUUAUAUGCUGCCCUAAGGGAGGUAUUCGAGAAACUUUGUAUAUUAAUUCUAUGAUUAAUUUCAAGCAAAAAUUAUUCUAUUCCCUUUUCCUGAAUCUUGAAACAUUGGUGUUUGAAUGUGCCAGGCCGUAUGGGGUAGUUGCUAAUGAGUCAAAAAAUAAAAACGAUCAACGGUCAAUGAUAGCAAUUAACAAACUGACAAUCAAUUUUUUUCUAAUCCCAGCAAAAUUGAUAAUUAUUAAAUUACCUAGCCCUUUAGUCGCUACAAUGUACUUUAAUGUUUAGCAACUACCCAUACGAUCUGGCAACUUCAAACCAUCCCAAUAUUUCAAGAACCAUUGGGAAUUCGGGAAACGUGAAUAAUAUCAGUUUUCCUUAAAAUUAGUCAUAGAAUUCAAAUAUGAAGUAUCUCGGAUACCUCGGUGGCCACCCUGUAUAUCGGUCAUUCUCUAUUUAAAGAUCUAUAAAGGUGUCUAAUGUCAAGAAAUUUCAUUCAUAUAGAGACAAAAAGGUAGAAGUUAAAAAUAUAAAUAAAAUUCUAAAAUGGUUCUUAUAAUCUCACUUAAUCUAAUAAAAAUACUUGCGUAACUAUUUAGAAGAAAUAUCUCUUUUAUAACCCAAUCUAAUCAAGAUGUAAGUAACAAAAUCAUUAUUUUUAUGUCCAUACUGUAUAUGCAUAUUUCAUGUUGAAUGGUGGCAGCUGAUGAAAUAAUCAUGUGAUGGAUACAAACAAAUGUUAUUUUUUCAUUUCUCACAAAUUUAAUUUUUUCAAUACUUAUUCGAACUUUCAAAAAAAUUUCUGCCGUUGAUUUUUUUUUACAUUAACAUUCUAUUUUUUAAACAUCCAUAAUGCAUAUAGACAACUUUAUAUGAAAAUACUGAAGAAAAAAAAUUACUGCUAGUAUCUAGUAGAUGAUUAUGAAAUAAAACACAUACUUGCAGCCAUUUUCUAGGCUUCACGGUCAGCAAUCCCUAAUUUAAUUUAUGUCGUGCAAAGUUCCCAAAUUGUGUGAAUCACGUUUUGUUAUUGAAAUAUGACCAUUUUAGUUUUCACCAGCCGCCACUGACAUUUACUUAAUAAUCUCAUAAUUUUACAUUUUUUUAUUUAAAAUUAUCCUUAAAGACGAUCAUUUUUGUUUUUAGGAAUGAGAGUAAGAAACAACAAAUAUAUAAUAUCUAGCGUAUUAUGGUAUUGAAACUAUCAAAAUAUAUAUUAUUGAGAGCAUUAGGAUAUGAUUGUAUGAACAUAAAAUAAGCUUGUACUAAAUAAAUGCUUAUAUUGAUUUUAUUAAAUGUUAUUAAUUGAUUGUAAAAUUU